UCCUAUAUUCUUUCCUUUUUGCUCUUGGCAUCAUUGUCCACAUCAGAUGGCAGUGCAUUCUCCAUCGUUCCACCCGAAACCAUUUGCGGGUCCACCGUAGACCCUAAUUAUUGUAAAAAUGUGCUUGCUAAUCAAAAUGGCAAUAAGUAUUUGAUGCUUAUUGGAGAUGGAAUCAAUCAGACAAUUAUUACUGGCAAUCACAGUGUUGGAGAUAAUUUUACAACGUUCGACUCGGCAACAUUUGCUGUGGUAGCUCAAGGGUUCGUAGCAGUUAACAUAACAUUCCGAAACACUGCCGGACCAGGCAAGUUCCAAGCAGUUGCUGUAAGAAAUGGAGCGGAUAUGUCCACCUUCUACAGUUGCAGUUUUGAAGGGUAUCAAGACACAUUGUAUACCCAUUCACUGAGGCAGUUUUACAGAGAAUGCGAUAUCUACGGCACAAUUGACUACAUAUUUGGUAAUGCUGCUGUUGUUUUUCAAAACUGCAACCUCUAUUCACGGCUCCCCCUAAAGGGACAAUUCAAUACAAUCACAGCUCAAGGAAGAACAGAUCCAAAUCAAAACACGGGCACUUCCAUACAGAAUGCCACUAUUAAAGCUGCUGCUGAUUUGGCUCCAAAUAUUAGUACUGUCAACACCUACCUUGGAAGACCAUGGAAGAAUUAUUCAUUGACAGUGUUUAUGGAGUCCUUCAUGGAUAGUUUAAUAAACCCUGCUGGUUGGCAUGAAUGGAAUGGUACUUUUGCGUUGAGCACCUUGUACUAUGCAGAAUUUAAUAACACUGGACCUGGUUCUAACACUACCAACCGAGUGAAUUGGCCUGGUUAUCACAUUAUAAAUGCCACUGAUGCGGCCAAUUUCACGGUGUCAAACUUCUUGAGCGGAGAUAAUUGGAUUCCUCAAACUGGUGUCCCAUACUCGAGUGGGUUGAAUUAA